GACUCAGAAUAAAUCCCAUUCACUUCCUUUUUCACUCAGAUACAGACCUGGAACUGCAAACAUGAAGUUCGCUGUGUUUCUGAGCGGAUCCCUGCUGCUCUUCCUGCUUUCCGAUUGGACAGAAAGUGUCGACACCGUGGACAUCAAGACUCUGGCGCGCAUUAUAAACUUCUUUGAGCAGAACUAUAAGAGAGUCGAUGAGAACGGAAAUCCCCAUCAGUACGCUGUAGCCAUCAACGUGCCGAAGCAUCAGUGUCAGCAGAACUUCAAGCCUACAAAUUUUCUGACUAAAGAGAAUGCAACGAAAGUGAGAAAUGCUAUUAAUAAUGAAACAAACGGACUUUACAUAGGUAGAGAACUCAUCGCCGCAGGACGUAAAAAGGUAGCUCAAAGGUCGUACUACAAGCAUUCAGAGUAUCUCCUGCUGAAUCCUGUCAACAAAUCGCCCAUGACCCGUCUUUUGAACUAUAGGAAAAAAGAUAGCUGCUCUGUUUUCUAUACAUUUUAUUCUCCCUGUGUUAAAUCAUGUCUGAACGCGACUAGCAACAACAACAUUUUAGGCGCCCUGAGGAGAUGGAACCGACACGGUGGAAUUAAAGCUUUUGUUUUCAAGAAUAUCUACGUCCAAGACUUGGACAAAGAUCUUCAGACCGAAUUUCUGAAGAUCGCAGCUCAGGUUCCUCUGUACCGCUGUCCGGUUGAGAAUCAGUGUUACGCUUGUUACGGAGAACAAAACGAUACCAUAGACGCUCGCUGUCUGCCGCAACCUUCUUUUCUUGCAUAGCCUUUGUGAUUCUGUCUUAAGAUCUACCUUUGGUUUUGAUAUUCACGAUGACUGCUAAAAUGUGCUUUAAAUAUAAUCUCGCUUCCUAUGAGAACAAAUAAAAUGGUUU